GCAUCCAUUAGUAAUGAAUGUGUGGCAUAAGAUCAUAAACGUGCAUUUUUCUAAAUGAAAUAUCCAGUCUCAUGUGUACACAUUCAUAGUAAAUCUACUAUUCUGAUACACAUUUACAGAUUUAUUUAUUACUAGAAAAUUUACGACUUUGACUAGUGGAAAAAAUAUUGAUUUAUGUGUUUAAAAUGGUCUCUGUAGUAUAAAUAUCUCUGAAUAGUGAAAUAGUUCUUAAGUAGGUUCAUUUGCAUAUUACACAAUAUUUCUUUAAUUAUUUCAAUAAUUAUUACACAAUAAUUAUAUUAUAAUUAUAUAAUUAUAAAAAAAAAAAAAAAAAAAAAACCCAACAAAACAACAACGUCAUAUUAUUCUUAUUUUUUAUUUAUUAAUUUAUUUUUAAUUAUUGAAGUCAGCAGAAAGUGCAAGUGAGAGUGGGACAGAUGUGGGUAGUAAGAAUACAAAAUGUUUUCACAGAUAUGUUUUACUUUAGUAAUUUUUAUUCUAAAACAGCCCUAAUGAAGUUGUGCGUGAUUGCGUAUACUGACGUCAGACGCACGCAUAGCAACCAAAAUGGCGACGGUGAAGCUUCACGGUAGCGAGGACAGAUAGCUGGCAGCUAGCAAAACAGCUGUGAAAGAUGAUAACUGUGAAAAUAAAUUCAUAAAGUAUUAUUGAUAUGGCUAUAUUACCUCAUGCGCUCAUGUGAAUAUUUAAAAUGAUGGUUUCCGGUGAAACACGAGUGUUUUGAGAAUGAGACUCCAGCCAGAGUUUGUCAUCAUGGACACUAAACCAGGGUACUGUCUUGGUUCAUCUGGCAAACUGAUGAAUCAGUACAUGAUUAAAGACCACAUGCUGUCACAUUACAGAAAGCUGUAUUCAGCCAAAGCUGCUGUGGACUGUUCAGUGCCUAAAAGCAUGCAGAGCAAUGUCAAAUAUGUUGAUCAGAAGCGUCGUGAGUCAAGGAAAGAUGCUCUGAGUCAGUCGAGAAGAUCUGAUUCCCAGAGGAGCACAAGGAUAAACUCAAGAACCUCCUGCUCUACUAAAAAUAGCAGACCAUCGGUUCAGGGUGACGAGAGUGCCUAUCAUUACCUGGAGCAAUCGCUGAUGUCGUCGCCCAGGAUCAGCACCUCAUUUCAUUGCAAACAAAUUGUAUAUCCCUCCCAAACAUCUGGAACCCCUGCGAACCACUUCCGAUCUGCCUCAGAAUUGAGUUACCGAAGCCCAAACCCUCACUGGCAGGACGCGGGUCCGUCCUGUGCCACGUCUGCCAGUCAGAGAGGGUACAAGAGCUUUCAGGAUCCCACGCAGAAGACCUACAGCGGUGACGUACUGCUGAAACACGCUCAUCGCUUCACUCCGGAGAAACCCUUCACCCCGAGAACGCUGAAAUCAGACCACAAGCCCAUGCUGUUACAAUACCGGUAUUACACUCCUCCACGGAGGAAAGUGGAAGAGGAGAAAUCGUCCUCUGUUAUUCGCCAGGAGACGCGCCACGGGAGCACACGGUCCAAACGAGGCUUUUCUCCACCCAUCGAGUCGCUCCAGACAUUAACUCUUGAUCACGAGUGGUCGGAUGGAGAAACGGAUUCAUUUAGACAUCAUGGCAAGACAAACCGGUUUAAGAACAGUGAUUUUCUUCUCUCAUCCUCCAGGAUUUCACCAGAAGGCAUGAGAUCCCCCAUAAUGAGAAAAGUUUCAGCAGAGGAGGAAGAAUUGAUGUACCUGGAGUUCAUUACAGACGUGACGAAUGAGAUCCUGACGCAGGGCCUUUACUCUGACAGGGUGCUGAAGAGAGUGUUUGAACGGCACAUUGACAUGAACAGACAUCGAUUAGACGAGAACAAAAUGCGGCACCUUCUAGACAAUCUGCAGAUGGACCUGCAAAGUCCUCCUGCGGCCUCCAUCACGUCACUGGGUGCAGGAGAAUCCCAUUAUCCUUUGAAACGGCUGCCACCACAUGAUGUUGAUUAUCUUCUCCAUGACGUGUUUAAUGAGGAGCGAGGACAGAUGGAGGACGUCACUCCUGCUGCAGCAUCCACACCUGUGAACCAGAGCCUGGACGUGGAGUUUAAUCACAUCCUCCUGAACGAGGAUGAACAUCUCACCUGUGCUGUGGGAAAUGAAGACGAUCGUGGAGUGUUAGAACAGGUCGAUGAACUUGGGAAAAUCAUGGCGGAGUCUUUAAGUGUGUCAGAGACGCUGAAGGAUCAACAGGAAGAGUUUGAACAGGAGCAGACGAGAGGUGACGUCAGUGAUGAUGAGUUCUAAUCUGCAAAAGCACAAAGAUUUUUCUUUUUGAUGCUGUAAGAAUUUCAGAUUUCCUUUUUGUUUACUUUUUUAGUGUUAUGAAAGUGUGUUUUCCAGGAAUCGAUAGUUAUACAAGCCAUUCCAGUAUUUUCUGCAAGAUGUUUGCAGGUGUUCAGUACUUUUUUCAUAAUUUUUCUGCUCCUAAUGUGGCUGUUUAUUGUUUAGGGUUUAUUAUUCAGAACUCAUGCUGUGACGUUUACUUGAAUGUUUCAGUUUGUGACGCUGCAGUAUUCAUAUUCACUGAUUUACUUGAUACAGCGGAUUUUAUUUAACAUUUGAAAGACGUCCAUCUUUAAAACUUUUGUAGGUGUUACAGACACACAUAUAUACACACAAAUACACACUCUCUCACACAAACACACACUCUCUCACACAGAAAUACACACUCUCACACACACACAAAUACACACUCUCUCACACAAAUACACACUCUCACAAGC